UCGGUUUCCAGCGCGGCGUCCUCGGCUCUUUCCCGCCGCCCAGUCUUGAUCCUGGGGGCGGUGCCGAAGUUGCGGCCCGCCUUGCGGCCUCGCCCGCUUGGUACUCCCAGCUAGUCCGCUACAGCACCGGCCUGAUCAGGCCAUGUCGGCGGAGCCAGAACUCAUUGAACUACGCGAGCUGACACCGUCCGGGCGCAUCGGUCCAGGCCGCACCCGGCUGGAGCGAGCCAACGCUCUGCGCAUCGCUCCGGGCACAACACGCAAUCCGUCACAGCAGCACGUCCCGGGUCGUGGCCACCGCUUCCAGCCUGCAGGGCCCACCACGCACACGUGGUGCGACCUCUGUGGAGACUUCAUCUGGGGCGUCGUGCGCAAGGGCCUACAGUGCGCGCACUGCAAGUUCACCUGCCAUUACCGUUGUCGUGCGCUCGUCUGCCUGGACUGCUGCGGGCCCCGAGACCUGGGCUGGGACUCCGCACUAGAGCGGGACACGAACGUGGAUGAGGCUGUAGAGCGGGAGACACCUGAUCUUUCUCAAGCUGAGACUGAGCAGAAAAUCAAGGAUUACAAUGGCCAGAUCAACAGCAACCUCUUCAUGAGCCUGAAUAAGGAUGGCUCCUACACAGGCUUCAUCAAGGUUCAGCUGAAGCUAGUACGGCCUGUCUCAGUGCCUUCCAGCAAGAAACCACCGUCCUUACAGGACGCCCGGAGGAGCACAGGGCGGAGCACUGCUGUGAAGCGCCGCACCUCUUUUUACUUGCCUAAGGAUGCUAUUAAGCAUCUGCAUGUUCUAUCACGAACACGGGCACGGGAAGUCAUUGAGGCCCUGCUUCGAAAAUUCAUGGUAGUAGAUGAUCCUCGCAAGUUUGCACUCUUUGAACGAACUGAACGUCAUGGCCAAGUAUACUUCCGGAAACUGUCAGACGAUGAGCAGCCCUUGAAGCUGCGGCUCCUUGCAGGGCCCAGUGAAAAAGUCCUGAGCUUUGUCCUGAAGGAGAAUGACUCUGGAGAGGUGAAUUGGGAUGCCUUCAGCAUGCCUGAACUGCACAAUUUCUUACGCAUCCUGCAGCGGGAAGAAGAGGAACACCUUCGCCAGAUCCUGCAGAAGUAUUCUCGUUGUCGCCAGAAGAUCCAAGAGGCCCUGCACGCCUGUCCUUUGGGGUGACCUUGGGUCUCCCUGUGACAGGAGGAGAACAGGCAGUGCAAAGAGCGUGCCGUGUGAGUGUGACAGGGCCCAUGGGGCCUGAGGAGUGCGUGUGCGUGGAGGUCCUCCUCUGCUGACAGGGAUGAGCCCAGAGAACAGUGAAGGAGCUGGCCCUCUACCAGUGGCUAUGGCAGGGUAUGGCUUUGCAUCCCUCUGCCCUUAUGUACUGGGUCAUACUCUGGGUAGCUGCCCCAGUCUUUCAUCAGGGUCACAGCUGUGAGAAUCUUAGGGACUACAGACAGAAGAAGGUUCUGUUUUCACGGGUGAGGGCCCUUACCUAUGGAGAAAGAUUGUUUUGGGUCAUGAAUGGGUCUCAGGAUAGCCCUAUCAGAGCCAAGGGUAGCUGCUCAGAAUAAUACAAGCAAUUAAGGAAGAGACUGGGUUUCCCUCUUACCGUGCCUUCUGACUUAACACACACCCUGGGGUCAGGAAGGACUGGCCAGUACAACUUCGGUGGGUCAGUGCCUCCUCUAAGGGAAAGGUUGCUGGACCAGAUCCUCCUCUUAUUUGCCAAAGCCAGAGUCUCCCUCAGAUAUUUUUGAUGGAAGUGUAUGAAUGUAUGUAAUGUUUUGUGGCCUCAACUGAAUGCCUCCUGUGGGGAAAGGGAUGGGGGUGUGACAGUUGUCAUCAGGGCCUGAUGCCUGAGAGAAUUGGCUGAAUAAAGAUGCAAGAACUU